UUUUGUGGCAACCCUUACAUUGUACAUUAUUAUUUUAUAUUCAUAAAAAUAUUAUUUGUUUUAGGUUCUGCUUUCAGCAUUACUGGAACAAAAUUUAAAGUGAAACAGAAAGCAGGACAAUCAUCAAGAAAUGAAGAAUCAUCAAACGAGUCAUUAGCUAGUGAUUUAAGUGAACGAGAAGGUUCCGUAACGACUUUGAAUGAAUUUAAUCAGUUGAUGCAGAAAAAUCAACUAUUUAUCAGCGAUAAUCUGUCGAUCGAGUCAUUGGUUGCUCAAUUAAAUGAAUUAAAUGUGAAAAUGGAGGAAUUUGAAGUACAUGUUUAUGAAAAAUUAAAUAAACUUAAGAGGAGUAUUCAAUAUGAUAUAAAAGUGAGAUUCGACCAGCUUGCUCAUUUGAUAACAAGUAAUUUUACUUCGACGGAGGUUGCAAAAGAACUAGAGAACCUGCCACAACUACCCAAAAAUAAUAUACUCAACUUUAUUGAGUUUAAUCAACAAUUGAUUGAUAAUCAAGAAAUUAAAUCCGCAAUGAAAACAUUCAUGCGUCUUCAGACAAGGGCAUUGGCAUGUUAUAAAACUGUUGUUAGUACCAUAUUACCUAUGAUUUUAACGAAAGAAGUCCAAUCCGAAUUCAGUGGAUUUGGUCGUAUCAAUUAUAAAGGAGAAAAAAAAAAAGAUUUUUCAUCGACUGAGACGUAUAAGAUUUUAAAAGAAAUUCAUCUUGAAAAAUAUCCAGAUGUUCCGCUAAAAGAUUUUAAUAAUUAUAUAACCCGCUGGUUUUCUAAUGCAGUGGACAGAGAAGGCGGAAAAAAGAACAGAAAAUCAAAGCAACAUAAGUAAAAUCCAGCAGAAUUAUAAGGUUUAAUGUCAUCAUAUUGUACAUAUUAACAUUGUAAGCUUGUUUUUAAUAAAUAAGUAUUAUUAAACAACGUGAAUUUAAAUUUCAAUUUAUGAAUUUUAUCGAGUGUCACUAGGAUCAUUAAUAAAUUUAAAUAUUCCAAAUUUUAAUUUGUUAAAAAUAAAAUUAUUCAAAAAAUUUAAUUAUUUCAAAUUGUCAAUAAUUCAAUUUU